AUGAAGCUCCUCCCGUUCUACACACUCUCCUUAUCCUUGAUUGGAUCGGCCAUCGCAUCCUCGACCAGCGACGUUGCCCCUAUUGCGCUUUCAUCCCUCGCCGAUGGCUGCACGCCGGAAGUUUACACCGACGCAGGCACAAUUGAGGCGAUCCGAAACACACUGGCGAUUUAUCCUUUCUCAAUUGACGGCAAAAACUUUGAUGCGCUCAGCAAGGUGUUCACCGCUGACGCGACAGCCAACUAUUCAGCACCUCUCAACGUAUUACACCCACUGACUUCUAUUCAAUCGACCUUAAAAGCAAGCCUGGAAUGUGUAACCACGCAGCAUUUAUACGGCACUCAAUGGAUCGAUGUGCUAUCACCCACCACUGCGCGAUCGAUAACAUAUUACCGGGCUGCUCAUUUUGGUAAAGGGGACAGCGCGAACCAGGUCUUAUACGCCUAUGGUCAAUAUCAGGACAACUGGGAGCGUCAAGCUUUGGGUACUUGGCGCAUUGUCCAUCGUAAUCUGGUCUACAUGGGUCCUAUCAUUGGCAACGAGACUGUUUUCGUCUGCUAA